CAUAUAGCCUAAAUCAUUGUAUGGCGAUAUGAUAUAAACUGAAAAUGACCGUAUGACAAAAACACCUGUAAAAUUUGUGUGUGCAUCAAAAGAGAGCCAUACCCCGGACGGAGACAGGGAGAACAUUUGAAGUAGAUGUACAGUCUGGUUCAAUGCAGAUUGGGUGCCUGUGAUAUAAAGGCACUGAUUAUUUAUUUCUGUUUGGAGGGGUGCGACUGGGGUUGACGGCAAGCAUUAUUAUUGACCCUGCAAAAUUGAAAGUAUCCAUUAUUAGAAGAGCAACCACAACAGCAAUGUUGCCGAGAUCAUUUUCGAUUGUUUAAAAAAGAUAUUGCUCAAAGCAUGAGUAGCAUUUUUUUUCUUCAAAUGCGAUAUGUUCACCUACAACUUGAACACUAUCAGUUUCUGACAAAGUUCCGGAUUUAUAAGAUAAAUGAGCAAGUCCAGCCAUGAGUAAUGAAGCUUUAGCUGGAUCAUUUGAGAAGUCCAGGGUGGGCUCAGGGGCUGGCGCUGGGGCAAAGUCCAAAUGGACAAGUGUCCGUAUAGACGAUACACAAACCUGGGAAAAGGAGAAAAAAUAUGUGGUAUACAAAGUGCUGGUUCAAAAUGGGGAUAAAUCAUGGUUCCUGUUUCGACGCUACAAUGAAUUCUACGGACUUCAUGAAAAAAUAAAGAAGUUGUAUCCAGAGUCCAACCUCCGACUGCCUGGAAAGAAAAUAUUUGGAAACUUGGAUCCUGAAUUUAUCAAGCAACGAAGGGAAGGCCUUGAUGAUUUUAUACAGAAACUUGUUUCUCAUCCAAAGAUCUCCCAGAAUCCGGAGGUGAGAGCAUUCCUGACAUUAGACAAUCCGCGCAAUGCUCAGGAACCUGUAGAUACUGACACAUUUGACGACUCGGACGCGAUGGAUCGGAAGGACACCAACCCGGUUAAUCUUGGGCCAAGUGAACGUACAUGUGUGAAACCGAGUGAUUUUGAGUUCCUCAAAGUUAUUGGAAAGGGCAGCUUUGGCAAGGUUCUUCUUGCUCGUCACAAAAUUGAAGGAAACAUCUAUGCCAUCAAAGUGCUUCAGAAGCAAGCCAUUAUGAAGAGAAAUGAAGCAAAGCACAUCAUGGCCGAACGAAACGUACUUUUGAAAAACAUCAAACAUCCAUUCUUGGUUGGCCUUCACUACUCCUUCCAGACGGCUGACAAACUUUACUUUGUCCUCGACUAUGUGAACGGUGGGGAGCUUUUUUUCCAUCUACAAAGAGAACGCUACUUUCCCGAACAGAGGGCUCGGUUUUAUGCUGCAGAAAUGGCGAGUGCUAUUGGCUAUCUUCAUUCUCUCAAUAUCAUUUAUAGGGAUCUCAAGCCAGAAAAUAUUUUACUAGACUCAAAGGGUCACAUCACGCUGACAGAUUUUGGUCUGUGUAAAGAAGGAAUCGAGGGCAUGGGUACAACAAAUACAUUCUGUGGGACCCCGGAGUAUUUAGCACCAGAAGUCCUGCGGAAACAACCCUAUGACAAGACGGUGGAUUGGUGGUGUCUAGGAGCUGUAUUGUACGAGAUGAUGUACGGCCUGCCUCCGUUCUACAGUCGGGACACUGCUGAAAUGUACGACAACAUCCUAUAUAAACCGCUACGUCUGAGAACUAAUGUGUCUGCUGCAGCCAGGUCCAUAUUAGAAGGGCUGCUUCAGAAGGAGAAGGAAAAGCGUCUUGGUUGUCAACAAGAUUUUAUGGAGGUGAAAUCACAUGACUUCUUCGUAGAUGUAAACUGGGAUGAACUAGAUGAAAAGAAAAUGAAACCCCCUUACAAUCCAAACGUGAGUGGUCAACUGGAUCUGAAGCACUUUGAUCCAGAAUUUGUGAGAGAACCUGUACCAGCAUCUGUUGGGAAGUCCAUGGGUACCAGUAAGUUAGUUAGUGCCAGUGUGAUGGAGGCAGAUAGUAUGUUCCAGGGAUUUUCCUAUGUCCCACCUGCUGAAGAUGCCUUUACAUGACAAACGCAUGAGAGACCAGGACUGUAGCCUGAUAAAAACUGUGAUAGGACAUCAUGUGACCCAAGGUGUCAAGGAUGUUUGAUGACCCCAGUGUCAAGUUCAUUGUAUGGUGACUCCAGUGUCAAGGUCAUAGAUAUUGUUCGUAUGACAUACAUGGUCAAGGAUCGGUAUGAUGACCCAUGAAGGUCAAGCAACAGUGUGCUGACCCUUGAAGUAGACAGUGUUAACGUUUAAACUUCAAUCAGUCUGUUCGAUGGGUCUCUUCAUUUCCCUGUCAAAUAUGAAAUGUGAUAAAACUGUAGCAUCCAUUAUUUUGACAAGUAAAAGACAAAAUGUUGAUGGAAGACAUGAAUUCAGAUAUUGAUCGAAUGAACAAACCAAGAGGAGUCCAGACAAGAACAAAUAUGUGUAUAGCGCUUCUGGGUCUAGUCUUAUAUGUGCCAAUUGAGAGAUAAAUUGUUUCAGGUGCUCACAUGGAACAAGUUUGUUUUGUAAUCUACAUCAACUGUAUGUUUGUAUUCAGGCUGAGUUAACAUCCGUCCUCGGGAGACGUUGCUCUGACCAUGAUUAUGCAAGCAAAGACAGGUGUAUAUGUGUUUUGUGAAGUGUUGAAAUAGAUUAUAUACUAUGUAUACUCCAGUGAAGAUUCACUCAGUUCUUCAUUGUGAUUAAUCUUAAAAAAUCUGUGAAAAUGGGACUGAAAUGCCAGUUUUCUCAGUUUUAAUGGAAAAAAAUCAAGUCAUGGAUUAGAAAUGUUGUCAUGAAAUCAUCAUCAUAAUGUGACACUUUGUACAUUAAUAUUCUACACGGUUGUGAUUUUUUUUAACAACUCUGUGGGUAUCAGGUUAUGGCAUGUUAGUAAGUACAACAGUUGUCCUGUAAAUCCACUAAAGUAACUGAAUUCAGGUAUCCUUGGAUACAGAACCAAACUAGGAUUCAAUCUUGGAACUGUAAGCAAAUGCUAAACAUGUAACAGGGACUAUGGAUUUUCAUCCUUUGCCAUUCAAUAAAUCUAGGAAGAAAUUCUCCCUAGGCAGGUCCGUAGGAUGUUAUUUUACCAAAGUAAUAUACAAUUAAUUACGAUGUCUGGUCAUCAGUGAAGAGGCAGGUCAAAGUCAUCCGUACCACACUCCUUCUUCUUAUUGUCUCUGGUGUGGCAUUUAGAAAGAACAUUUAGUAACUCUUAUUUCACAUAUGGAGUUAAGUUCUUGACCUGAUUUCAGAAUCAUAUUAUUUCUAUAAUAUUCACUUUUCAGAAAUUGUUGUUGUUCAAGGUUGAUGUCAUGUAUCAUUAACAUACUUAAGAAUAUGAUCUGGGAGAUACAGCAAUAUGGUUAGAAUACUGUAACUAUAGGUUGUAAUUUUACAAAUGAUUCUCUUAACCCCGAUUUCUGUUGAUACAGUAAAGUCCCAAAAUAUAUUUAUACCGAAAAAUUAAAUCAAUAGCAAAAUUACAUUUAUUGUCUGUUUCAUAAUGACAAAAAAAAUAAUAAUGACAACAAAAUUGUAAAAUGAAAAAAAAAUGGAAAAUGCAGAUUUUUUUUUUCCUUUGCGGAAAGAGCAAUAGAAUAUUUGUAUGAAGUAUUUUUAUUAGGAUUCUGAUCAUAUUUUUAUAUCUUCCAGUACUCUGGUACUUAAUUAUAUCUUAUGUCGUACAUCAUAUUGUUAUUUUGAUACUCAAACUGAAAUCUCACCUUAAUACCAAAACAACUCUCCAACCUGUUUCUGUGAUUGUUAAUUGAUUUUUAUUGAUCAUGUUUUGAAAAUACUGAGGAAUUUUGUAAGAUAUAGCGACUUAAAAUGUAGCCAGUUUGAACUAUAAACAUAGCAUGGUGUUGGUGACAUAUAUUAUCAUUGUUUAAAGGUUUGGAAUAGUUUAUCUUAUCUUAUCUGGAUUUUUUAAGGUAGAGUCCAAUAUUUCUUUAUCAAAGGAAAUCAUAGUAAAAAUAUUUCUUUAAUAUUAUAAUUUUUACACUGCCUUACUAGACAGGCAACUGUAAGUCAGAAAAAUGUCAAUGUACAGUACACAGUACUUUGUUGAAGGUAAAACAGAGUGUAUGGACUUUCUACCUUUAAACCAUAUGUAAUUGUCUGUGAUAUUUUUAAUUCACCUAUUAUCAUCGAUUGUGUUUUUUUCAUCAGUCAUGUAUUAUCAUUCUACCAAGAGAGUGUCAUGUGACCAAAACACAUGACCUAGAUUUUGUAAGGAAAAUUUCCACUAGUUUAGUUUUGGAUCAGUCUAGUCAUUAAUUACUGUUAUCAAUUUUAAUUGCCAUCAUCCUACAUUUCUUAGGUAGGCUGUAAAAAAAUUGAGAAUCUUUGUUUAUUUUUUUAAUGUUAUAUAUAAUCAAAUACAAGAUCAAAAUUGGAUGUUGAUCUUUUGGGAUAAGAUUUGAGAAUUUUUGCCAAUAUUUUUGUUGACAAUCUCAAUUGAAAUUAUUUCAGAAAUAACUCUUCUAUUUGAAAAUCGCAUUAUGUUCCCCAAAUCCUGAAAUUCUCCCAAAACAAAUAACACACUCAUGACUCAGCAUUAUCGCUGGACUAAUGUUUGCUAGUGUCUUAAUUUUAAUACAGUAAAAAUAGUCAAUAUAUAAAUCAUUAAUAAGAAAUGUACCAUUUUUGUCUAGUCAGUGUACCUGUUCUUCUUAACAGAAAAGCCAAUUAGUUCCUCAUUGAUAUAGCUAAUUAGCCGACUUGUGAUUCUGUACUUAUCUAAAAAAGCCAAUUUCCAGUAAUAAUCCAACCCUUAUUUUGCUUUUCAGUCAAAUUACUGACAAAUGUAAUUCCAUUUACCUGUUUUGAGUCGAUGUUUAUAUACUGAUACGGUACCCAAUUAUCCUGAUAAGUCAAUGCUCAUAUAAAUUUUCACUGUUAACUCUAUAAUGGCAUUGAAUCAAAACAUUUCAAAACUGUACAUUUAUAGUUUUAGAUUGCUCAUUGUGCUACCUCUCAUAAAGAUAAAUAUAAAUUUUUUACUACAAAAUAAGAAUUUAUUUUUACUCCAUAAUGAACUAGAUUUUUUUUACUUCAAAAUAUGCUAGUGCAUCGACCUGCAACAUAUUUUUUUUUUUUUGUAAUUUCUUACUGUUGACAGAAUUCGCUUUUCAUGACAGUUGUGAAGUUUACGAAACUCAAAAUUAUUUCUUUUUCAUUGUAAUUCUUUUAUUAUGAAGAUAGAGGUUGUUAAGUACGAAUGUUAUAUAUGAUACAAAAUACAGAAAAUAAGGCUUCACAUUAAAUUUCUGUGGUAAGCUUUUCAACAAAAAAAAAUAAUAAAAUCUGCAGAAACUACAAGCAAUGGUUGAUUGAUUUGUAAGUCAUGGUUUUGUGAAAAUGAUAAAAUGCCUGUUUGAUUUGUAAGUCCUGGUUUGUAAAAAUGAUAAAUUGCCUGGUUGACUUAAAGGACAGAUGUGUGCUUCAGGUAUUUAAAAGCUAAAUAUUGUUUUGGAAAAUAACUCUUUUUCUUGCAUUUGUCCAUUUUGUUAAAAUCUUAAAAAAAAAAAAAAAAAAAAAUUACAAUAUCUCUAAAGCAUUUCUUACGUUACCUUCCUAUAUUUAUACAACAAUAAGCCUAUGUCUGCUAAUAAGCCCACCUAUGUUUGUUACAGUUCAGUUAAAAUUCAUUUUUCUACAAUAAAUCUUGCCACCUUUAAGUCAAACAUUGUAUUGGGUUUAUUGAAGAAUGAAUAUGGCAUUUUGAAUUUGAUUAUGUAAAUGUCAUUUUACAUGUAUGCUUGAAUAUAUUAAUAGUUGGUUAAUUCCAUAUUGUUUAUGUCUACUUACAUAGCAAUGCCCGACCAGUACUUUUUAUUGUCGACACAACGAAGUGCUAUAAUUUUAACAGAGAUAUACAUUUAUAAAUAUUGUCAUAUCUUUUAUUCAGAAAGAGACAAUUUUAUUUUUGAUUACUUAUUUGAAAAAAAGUUUACUGUACGUAUCAUUUUGUGCAAUAAUACUGAAGUUAGUGAUUUUUAAUGACCAAUCAAAUAAAAUUUCAAUACAUA